AUGCUGCGGCAGCGGGCGGCGCCGGCGGGGCAGGCCCGCAGGCGGCCCGCGCCCGAGGCCGAGGAGCUCUGGGAGCAGGAGAUGGAGCGGCUGCGCGGCUGGCGCGCGCCCGUGCGGAUGCUGCCCUACGCCAUGGUGGACAGGCGCCUCGUCCGGCUGCUGCGGGAGCCCGAGGGGACGGAGACCUCGUGCUGGCAGCGGUGGCGGCAAAGGCGGGGCGCUGCGGGAAGGCGCCUGGGGGAGGCAGCGCAGAGGCUGGCGCGGGGCUUUGGACUCUGGGAGGGGGCCCUCUACGAGAUCGGGGGCCUCUUUGGCACCGGAAUCCAGUCCUACUUCACCUUCCUUCGGUUCCUGCUGAUGCUCAACCUGCUGACCCUGCUUCUGACCUCCAGCCUGGUGCUGCUGCCCCUGGCCUGGCUCCAACCCCCAGACCCAGGCCCCGCCCUUAACUUCACCCUCCAGUGCCCUGGCGGCCCUCAGCCCCAGCCGGGUGCUCUCCGUGUCCACCAUCAGCUUUGGAACAUUUUAACCGGCAGGGCCUUCAACAACACCUACCUUUUCUACGGCGCGUACCGGGCGGGGCCCGAGAGCAGCGCAGCCUACAGCAUCCGCCUGGCCUACCUGCUGAGCCCGCUGGCCUGCCUGCUCCUCUGCUUCUGCGGGACGCUGCAGCGGAUGGUCAAGGGGCUGCCUCAGAAGCUCUUCCUGGGUCAGGACUACAGGUCGCCUCUCAGUGCCAAGGUCUUCUCCUCCUGGGACUUCUGUAUCCGGGGGCAGGGAGCGGCCACCAUCAAGAAGCAUGAGAUCAGCAACGAGUUCAAGGUGGAGCUGGAGGAGGGGCAGCGCUUCCUGCUGAAGCAGCAGCAGACGCGGGUCCAGAGAGCCUGGCGCCUGCUCAGCUACCUGUGGGUCAACACCCUCAUCGGGCUCUUGGUGAUCGGGGCCAUCAGCGCCAUCUUCUGGGCCACCAAGUUCUCACAGGACAACAAGGAGUCCCUGUUCGUGCUGCUCCAGUACCUGCCCCCCGGGGUCAUCGCCCUGGUCAACUUCCUGGGUCCCCUGCUGUUCGUGUUCCUGAUCCAGCUGGGGAACUACCCUCCCAACACCGAGGUCAACCUCACCCUUAUCUGGUGCGUGGCGCUGAAGCUGGCCAGCCUGGGCAUGUUCUCCUUCUCGCUGGGCCAGACCAUUCUCUGCAUCGGCAGAAACGAGACCAGCUGUGAGUCCUACGGCUACAACGCCUGUGACUACCAGUGCUGGGAGAACUCGGUGGGCGAGGAGCUGUACAAGCUGAGCAUCUUCAACUUCCUGCUCAUGGUGGCCUUCGCCUUCCUCGUCACCCUGCCUAGGAGGCUGCUGGUGGAGCGACUCUCAGGCCGGUUCUGGGCCUGGUUGGACCGGGAGGAGUUCCUGGUGCCCAAGAACGUGCUGGACAUCGUGGCAGGGCAGACGGUCACCUGGAUGGGCCUCUUCUACUGCCCCCUGCUGCCCCUGCUCAACAGCAUCUUCAUAUUCCUCACGUUCUACAUCAAGAAGUACACCCUCCUGAGGAACUCCAAGGCGUCCCCGCGGAGGUUCCGGGCCUCUAGCUCCACCUUCUUCUUCCAACUGGUGCUCGUCCUGGGCCUGCUCCUGGCGGCCGUGACCCUGGGCUAUGUGGUCAGCAGCAUCCGCUCCUCCUGGGACUGCGGCCUCUUCACCAACUACUCGGCCCCCUGGCAGGUGGUCCCAGAGCUGGUGGCCCUCCAGCUGCCACCCCUUGGCCAGCGCGCCCUCCACUACCUGGGCUCCCACGCCUUCAGCUUUCCCCUCCUCUUCCUGCUCAGCCUUGCCCUGACCGUAUGCGUCUCCCAGUCCCAGGCCAAGGCGAGGGCCAUCCAGGGGCUCCGGAAGCAGCUGAUGUGGCAAGUCCGGGAGAAGUGGCACCUGGUGGAGGACCUGUCGCGGCUGCUGCCAGAGCCAGGCCUUGGUGACUCUCUGGGGCCCGAGUCCCCUCUCUCUCGAUCUUCGCGCCCACCGUCCUUCUGCCCCGGAUUCCCGUGCCCGGGCUCCCCGGACCCCAGGGCCCCCAGGCCCUGACCCUCCCGUAGAGCCUCCCUGUAGAGUCAGCUUCCCGGCAGUGCGGAGCCCCAACCUGCAGCCCGCCCCGCGGCUCCAGAUCACCCCUUGCGCGACGCUCCUGCCGGUGACCACGGCCCCUCCGUGGGCGCCCCAAAGCGGGGUUCGCACCCCCAAAGGCAGUAGGAGGACAACAUGGAAAUUUGUGUUUGUAGUUUAUUUUACCUUCCUUCUUUAAAUUUUCUGUGUGGUUGCUUUUCUUAAAAUGUACAUAAUGUAUUAGUCUAAUAACCAU